GCAAGCUGGGAGAAAGAUGAAGGGGAGGAGGGGAUAGGAGGGAUGAGCAGUAAAGAGCAGAAAGCAAGCACAGUCUGCAAGAGAAAUCGGCAAAGGAGCAGGAUUGUGUGGAUUGCAACAAGGAGGGGCAUGCAGCUCUUUGCUCUUAGCGUGCCUCAGACUCGUCGGACCUGUGCUACGGCAUCUCUGCUGUUCUAAGCUGUGACUCGCCUUGUCUCCUACGUCUUGUCAUGCUCAACGCUUCAUGCGCUCAAAGGACUCGGGCGACCGGGGAGACUACGAGAGGGGCGUGAUGGCCAGACGUGCUCUGACUCCUUGGUUUACCUCCGUCAGGAAUUCUUCUGGCAUCUUCUCUCCAUCCACCUCAGCCGUAGUCCAUGUCCUUCCUGUCUGCCUGCCACACGUGAGGCUUGAGGAAUGGCAAUGAGAGCUCAUGGUCCAGAUCCCUGGCUGCACUCUACCGUGCUUCUUUGAGGUGACCCUACUGAAUAUUCAAAUACUUCACCUUGUCACUUUACGGCUGCCAUUGAUCCCGUGUUGGAUGACGUACGAGACGCAGGGCAGGUGUCGUCGUGAACGGAAUCUUGUUUUGCGCAAGAAGAGCCGUGGGGAUGAGUAACACAUCAGAUGGAAGGUGCUAAAAAUAAGGUCAAUCGAAGUCCGACACGAAUGAGGUAUUGCGCACGCUAAUGAAGAUUUAUCAGCUUCAGUAGCCACACACAGGCAUCGGCGUGUUUUCCAGGACUAAAAGAGUUUCAGUGACUUGUGUGCCAAAGCGAUGGAAUGUGUCGAUUCUCUGUGAGUUAAAUUAAAACCUCAAACAAAGGAUAAGAGAGAUUUGGGGAAUGGAUGAAGCCAACCGUCCCUCUGCUGGCGUAAGGAGAAACUUGAUCUCCUGUGCAAGUUUUUUGUCUCAGCUGCACCGUCGGAUUCUUCCGCACAUCGACACGCCGGCAAACUGUCAUUAGUUGACAUCCUAGCGUCUGCUUUGAUUCAUUUCCUGUGUGUCAACUGAAGCUGGACCCCAUGAGCGACAGCGGCGCCCUGCAGCAACGCACCACCUACCUCAUCUCCCUCACCUUGGUCAAGGUAGAGGCAGUGGAGGAGAAUGGAGGGGAGGUCCAGAGCAGCGCCUCGGAGAGGGACGCCACAGCGAGAUCGGGGACCCUGUCAGCGGAGAGCCCGGGAGGAGAAAGGAAGGUGGAGACUGAAGCACAGAGUGAAGCUGGAGAAACCUUGGGUGCUGAGGCUCCUGUUUUUGUCAAAGGGGUUAAAUCACAUGAAGUCAAAGAAGAAGGGAGGAAACCUCUGAGCAAGUUAAAAGAUGACUCAUCCUGCGCUGUUGAUUCCCCCAGAACUAUCUGUGAGAAACCACUGUGCAAACUUUCUAUCCCCUUACAACCUGAGAGAGCCAUGACUCCCAAGUCGACGGACACGGACGCAACUCAAGAAGAGAAGACAUAUUGCGCCCCGGAAACAAAGCAACCUUGGCCUCCUUUUCUGCCCAAUACACCUCCAACAGAGACCCUUGAACCUGUUCGUACCCCAACCAGAACCAGCCUGCCCAUCCGUCCUGUAGGCCAGAGGCCCGUGAGUCUGCUCAAGUCUCACAGCAGCGUGGCCACCCGUGGCCGGGAGUCCAGGGAGGGUCGCGAUCGCAGCCCGACCUCGGCACAGAGUCUGGAUCGCAAGGACUGCCGAAUGCCCACACGCUCCCCCGGCCCCUGCAGGGCCUCGUGGGCCGAGGCCAGCCGGACCGAAGUAUGGAGGGACAUGCGGGAUGAGGUCCAAACUGGGAUACAGCUGGAGAUUGGAGGCGGGGUGGCCGCAAUGCUCAGAGACAUGCCUCGCAAGGACAGACUUAAGUCAGGUUCAACCUCCCUACCUGCACCGGCUACCCAGGCAAGCAAAGCUCCACGUAAAGGCAAAAGUCGCACGCUGGACAACAGCGACCUGAACAGUCUUUCUGAAGACCUGGCGCUGAGCAGGGAGGCCCAGCAGGGCCAGCGGGGUGCCUCAAAGGAUAGGAAGAUGCUCAAAUUCAUCAGUGGCAUUUUCACAAAGAGCAAUUCCGCUUUGGCCGGGUCAUCCACAACGACUGCUCCUGUCUUCAUUCAGAGGGACUCCAGUGAAGAGGAAGUAAACAUCGCCAACAGCCAGGAAUGGAGCCUGGGCAGACCCAUCCCAGAGCUGAGAUUGGGCAUUCUGGGAAGUGUGAAAAGUGGCAAGUCGGCCCUGGUGACCAAAUACAUCACUGGCAGUUAUGUUGCGCUUGAGAAACCCGACGGUGGCAGGUAUAAAAAGGAGGUGCUUGUGGACGGACAGAGUUAUUUAUUACUGAUCCGAGAGGAAGCCGGGCCACCCGACGCGCAGUUCAGCGACUGGGUGGACGCAGUGAUUCUGGUGUUCAGUCUGGAAAACGAAGGCAGCUUCCAAGAGCUCUACCAGCUCUACAGCCAGCUUGGCUCGCUGCGCGCGGACGUCCCCGUCAUCGUUGUUGGCACUCAAGAUAAAAUCAGCAGCAGCAACCCACGUGUGAUCGAGGACCAAAGAGCCCGCCAGUUGUGUAUCGACGUGCGUCACUCGCUCUUCUACGAGACCUGCGCCACCUACGGUUUCAAUGUCGAUCGAGUAUUCUUGGAGGCUGCCCAGAAAAUUGUCGCCCAGAAGAAGCAGGCGGCGCUGCAGGCCUGCAAGUCUCUCCCCAACUCUCCCAGUCACUCCGGAAGCUCCACGCCUGGCUCGGCCUCCUUCCCUGGACAGGUCACUAAUGGCGUUAGUGGCGGCUACGCUUGCUCCCUCCCCUCCACCCCCAUGCUCGGUCACAGAGAGCUGAGGGUGGCGCACGGGGAGGGAGGCGGCAGCUCUCGUUCCCUGAAGAGCAUCCCUCGAAGACCCUCGCUCUUCAAGAACCGGGACUCUGAAAGGAGAGUUGCAGAUGCCAAAGGAGACACGAGCGGCACUCGGGCCAUCCCCAUCAAACAGAGCAUCCUGUGGAAAAGAAGUGGCAGCUCUCUGAACAAGGAGUGGAAGAAGAAAUACGUCACUCUAUCCAAAAACGGCACGCUGUGCUACCACUCCAGCUCCAGCGAUUACAUGCAAAAUGUGCACGGGAAGGAAAUCGAUCUGCUGCGCGUGACCGUGAAGGUCCCGGGAAAACGUCCUCCGAGAGCCGUGGCGCCCGUGCCCUCGCCGGUGCCUCCUGCCUCAUCUGGCGUCAACGGGCUCAGUAAAGAGCUGGCAGCUGCCGAGAGCACCAGUACAGUCCCUCAGUUGUGUCCUUCCACCCUUUCCGUGCUCGAUGACCGCUCUGCCGGAGGAGAGCGAGGCCUUCAGCGCUGCGUCUCGUCUUUGUCCACCAAAGCACAAAGCGUCGAUGCCCUUGAGGGGGCAUCCGGACCAUUUUCUGGAAAAGAUGCUGGCCAAUCUUCUCCCAUGAGUGACCGCAAGAAGAACAGGAGGAAGAAAAGCAUGAAUCAAAAAGGAGACGCGGCCGUCGGGCAGGCCGAAGCCAAGCGCAAAAUGUGGAAGUUAAAGAGCUUUGGUAGCUUGAGAAACAUUAACAGGACAGAUGAAGAGAACGCUGACUUUAUCGUGGUGUCGUUUAACGGACAGACGUGGCACUUUGAGGCUCCCAGUCUGGAGGAUAGGGACUCGUGGGUGUCGGCCAUCGAGAGUCAAAUCUUGGCCAGCCUGCAAUCGUGUGAGAGCGGCAGAAACAAGGCACGACGCAGCAGCCAGAGCGAGGCAGUAGCGUUGCAGGCCAUCCGUAACACCAAAGGCAACAACCUGUGCGUGGACUGUGAAGCCCCAAACCCCACUUGGGCCAGCCUCAACCUGGGCGCACUGAUUUGCAUCGAGUGCUCGGGAAUCCAUCGGAAUCUGGGUACCCACCUCUCUCGGGUUCGCUCGCUGGACCUGGAUGACUGGCCCGGAGAGCUCACGCAAGUCCUGUCCGCCAUUGGGAACUACACGGCCAACAGCAUCUGGGAGGGUCGCACUCUUGGCAGGGCCAAGCCCACCCCCAAUGCUUCACGCGAGGAGAGAGAGUCAUGGAUUCGUGCCAAGUACGAACAGCGGGCGUUUGUGCCGCCACUCCAGCCGCGUGCGGACGAUAAUAUGCCAGCACGGCUGCUUUCGGCGGUGACCGACCGAGACCUGGCGCGCCUCCUGCUGCUGCUCGCCCACAGCAGCAAGGAGGUCAUCAACGCUCAGCCGCCCCCCGCGGGCACGGCCCUGCACGCCGCCUGUCAGCUCGGCGACGUGGUCAUGACGCAACUGCUCAUCUGGUACGGAAUCGAUGUGAAAGCGAGGGACCACCAAGGCCAGACGGCCAUGAUGAUAGCCAGAAAAGGCGGAAGCAAAGGCUGCAUUGAUAUUUUGCUCCAACACGGCUGCUCCAAUGAGACUUCCCCCGCCGUCGCCACACCCGUCCUCUCCCGCCGCUCCAGCACCGCCAGCCUGGGUCGAAGCAGCCCCAGGAAACCCGUUCCGUAGCCUGGCCGUGGACGCUGACCUCCCCAUGACCGCCGGAGUUUGGGAACUGUUGUCAAACUUUUAACACACUUGAGUGAUUGAGUAUUAUGCAGAGGUGGGGGACGCUAGUCACAUGACUUGACACAAGUCAGAUUUAACUCACCAAUUUUAGGACUUGCGACGAUCUUGGCUAAAAAUGAUGAAAAGCUCGACUUUGACUCUACUUGACCUAGACUCGAACUGCGUGUUUACAUUGGAAGAUGCACAAAUUUUAAGACAGUGUGUCACUUGUUUUGCUCUUGAAAGAAAAUGUAUUUGUGUGUGUGCGAGUGCGUGUGUGUGUUCCACACCAACUUGGCACUCGUGAGCUAUGAUGACGCCACUUCAUGACGCUGGUGUCAUGUUUAUUUGAGAAGACAAUAAAGCAAUAAAUUUAAAAUUCUAAGAUAAGAAACAUAAGAGCUAUUACAACGUCAAAAUAAGUUAGCUCUGUUAACCUCACAGUUUAGCCUCCUGAUAGUUGGUCAAAAAAAGCUUCAUGUCCAUUUAUUGUCAAAUUAAUAAGACUGUAAAGAAAUAGACAAUGCUGGCACUGAUUUUGGAAGAAUAAAAAACUAUGUGAAUGUGUUAGCACAGUAGUACCAAGCCAGGUACAGGUGACUAAUGUGCUAAUAUUUCUUGUUUAAACCAAUUCGUGACUUGCUCGAAAUUUAGUGAGGAUUUCACUUGAGUCGCUUUAUAUUUGCCUGAGUAACCUGGGACUUGCUUAAAACUCGAAGGCUAAAACUUGUGAUGUAUGUAUGACUUGCACAUUUGUGACUUCCUCCCACCUCUGGUUUAAAUCAAAUGUCUCGGAAGACUGAGCAACAUAUCUAACCAUUUGAAGCAAGCAAUAUUCAUUCCAUGUAUAAUAUCGGGGAGAUGCCGACUUCAGUAGACUCUUUGUAGCGGACUUGUGUUCGACUUCCUCCAGAACAAGUGCAAUAAUACGGCAGGCGGUGUGUGCUCGUGCUGAGGAGACGAUCUGUUCAUGUAUUCAUGUCAGCGUUUCUUCCAUUGUUUUAACAAAUAAGAGCAAAGCUACGAGAUGUCUGCCUGUUGUGUGCCUGUUGCCUCCCUUUGACGGUGGCCUUGAGAAGCGCCUGAGGUCAUUUGGUAGUUCUUCUCCAAGACGGAAUAACUUGGGAAAACAUGAAAUGUUUCUGCUCCAACAUAAGGUGUUUUAAUAUACUGUAAUUAAACCUAUACUACAUUAUCUGUAACAAAGACACAAUGGAAACCAAUCAAUCAGUUUUGUAAAUCAUUUCUUAAAUGCUCUUUUUAAAAGGCACCUGUUCUUUUUUUUCAUUGUCUCCAUAAUUUUAUGACAACAUCCAUGUUAUGUAGGUAAUAAAAUGUCAUUUGGGAUAAUGACUGAAGGUGAGGAGAGGUGAUUCCAUGAUUGAUAUCCUGUUCCUGUUGUGUAGGUCUACUCCAUGAGUUUACUGUUACGAAUGAAGCGUAUGUUAUUUCUGACACUUGGUGGGUCGUGCGAAUCCCAGUAUUAAAUAAACUUUUUUUAAAAUGUU